CAGUCUGAUCCAGACACUGUAUAAAUGAAAGAACAGAAAGGAGAGCAGAACAAACUCCUAACAGGAGGAGACUCACUCAUGGCCUAUGAGACAGAGCAUCAGGAGACUCAAUACUGCUUUCCUGACAUCAACUCAUCAUGUGUGAAGGAACAACGCUCCACUCAUGGAUAUAUCAUAAUAUGUGUGUUUGUCUCAUUGCUCUCGGUAUGGACUGUGUUUCUGAACCUGCUGGUGAUCAUCUCCAUCUCUCACUUCAAGAAGCUUCACACUUCAACCAACAUGAUUAUUCUCUCUCUGGCUGUAAAUGAUCUGCUUAUUGGCCUUAUCGUGAUGCCUGUGGAGGCCGUCAGACUGAUUGACAAGUGUUGGUAUUUUGGAGAAACUGUCUGUGGAUUCAUUUUAAUUUUAAUUUGGGUCAUUCCCUCAGCAUCUCUUAGUAAUUUGGUUUUAAUUGCUGUUGAUCGUUAUGUGGCUGUGUGUCACCCUUUACUGUACCCACAGAAGAUAACCAUGACAAACACACUAAUGAGUAUCGGUCUGAGCUGGCUUUGCUACUCAGCUUAUAUCUCAGCUCUCAUAAUUUAUAAUAGAUAUUUUGACAAUUCACACAGAACAGACGUGUGUUAUGGGCAGUGUUUAAUCAUGAUGAGUUUUAGUUGGAUAGUCACUGAUCUGUUCAUGUGUUUUAUUUUCCCCUGCCUCAUAAUGAUCACUUUAUAUUUGAGGAUUUUCUAUGUUGUUCAUCAGCAAGUGAAGAUUAUAAACUCUCUGAUGAAGCGUGGUAAAUGUGUAACAGAGGGUUCAGUCAAGAGGAAAUCUGAGAGUAAAGCUGCUCUGACUUUAGGAAUCAUUGUGCUUGUGUAUUUGCUUUGCUGGAUUCCAUACUAUAUCUGUACAUUAACUGUAAACUAUUCCACAGCUGUAAGCAUUUUGACAUGGAUUGUGUAUGCUAACUCGGGUAUGAAUCCUCUGGUUUAUGCUUUAUUUUACCCCUGGUUUAAAAAGACAACUAAACUCAUCUUAACUCUCAAAAUAUUUCAGCUUGCAUCCUCUCUGAUCAAUAUUUUUACAGAACAUGAGCUUUAGCUAAACUGCUAAAGCUGUUUCUCAUAAUGGUAGAUAUUGUUAUAUGUGAUACUAUUAAAACUAUUAAUUGUAACAAUUACAUACAAACAUAAGAUCACUUUCAAGAAUAAUAAAGAAAAACUAGUAGUGAUA